AUGCACUGGCUGACGCUCGCCCUGCUGGCCCUGCCGGUCGCCUAUCUCGUGCAGAAAUCUCUGCAGCUGUACCGCAACUACCUGCUCGUACGGAAAACGGGCUUCCAGUACCUCAUCUGUCCCGUCGACACCGUCUCGCCUGUAUGGAUCAUCGUGGGGCCCAUCUUCCUGAAGCAGCUGGAGCGCCACCUGCCGGAUUGGCUGUGGCAGCCCAUCCGCUUCACCAUCUACGGCUGGGAGUUCCGCAGCGGAUACGAACCGCACGAGAAGUACGGGCCCGUCUUCAUGAUGGCCACCGCGGGCCACCCGGAACUCUUCGUGGCUGACCCGGACGUCGCGCACGACAUUCUCAAGCGGCCCAACGACUUCAUCAUGUCCGAUGCGGGCCAGCUGAUCUUGGGCAAGUUCGGCGACAAUCUCUUGCUGGCUCAGGGAAAGACGUGGGAGCGCAUGCGGCGGUUCAUUGCGCCGCUCAUUAAUGAGCGCAUUUCUGCUACGGUGUUUCAGGAGACCAAGGCGCAGGCGGAGCAGAUGAUUCGGCAUCUCGAGAGCGUCAAGGGCGCUACUAACGAUGCCGCCGAGGGGCUUAAGCAGAUCGCCGUCAAUGUCUUGGGCGCGGCGGGAUACGGCAAGCCGCGUGCCUGGAGUACCGGCGACGAUGAAGAAAAGCCAUCGCCGGGGUUUCACGUCACGUAUGUGCAGGCGGUGCGCUACCUGAUGGAUAAUCUCAUCGAGAUGGCUUUCGUGCCCACGCGCAUCCUCCUGUUGCCGUUCAUGCCCCAUCGCCUCAACCAGACGGCGCAUUCGAUCAAGGAGCUGACGGCGCUGACGCGGCAGUUGCUAGACGAGGAGCGAAACGCGCCGAAUAGUGCUGGGGCCAGGGCUAACAUCGUGAAGCUCUUGGUUCAGGAGCAAAACGCCACUGAAAAGGGAACCAUUACACUCCAGGAUGACGAGAUCGUUGGCAACAUGUUCAUCUUCUCCGCCGCCGGCACCGACACGACCGCGAAUACCAUGGCGUACGCCAUCUUCCUCCUCGCCGGCUACCCUGAAUGGCAAGACUGGAUCAUCGAAGAGAUCGACGAGGUGCUCGCCGGCAAGACCGAUGAGCUAGAGUACACCGACAUCCACCCCAAGCUGAUCCGCACUCUGGCUCUUAUGUACGAAACCCUUCGCCUCUUCGCCCCCCUAACGCACAUCGCGCGCACCACCACCUCCCCCAAGACCAUCACCACCUCCGCCGGCCACACGCAUACCAUCCCCGCCCACUGCAACAUCUACCUCAACUCCUACGCCCUCCAAUGUGACCCCGCCGUCUGGUCCGACUCCGCCCCACCCCAGACCUUCCACCCACCGCGCUUCGUGGCCUUCGACCCCACCACCCACAAACCCUCCAUCAAACCCCUCCGCAAGGGGAGUUUCUUGGCCUGGAGCGCUGGCCCAAGGAUCUGUCCCGGGCAGAAGAUGAGUCAGGUCGAGUUCGUGACGACGUUCAUGAUGCUUUUCCGCAGGUAUAGAGUUGAGGUGGCGUUGGAGGAGGGCGAGGAUGUGGAGAGUGGGUUGGCGAGGGUGAGGGGGGCGAUGAAGGAUAGUUUCCCGAGGUUGACGAUGCAGAUGAAUCGGCCGGAGGAUGUUACGCUGAGGUUUGUGGCGCGAUGA